CCGGAUGUCCUUUGAACUAUAUCCGGUUUUGAGUCCCAUCGUUUAAAUGUGAUGUCCUUGACGCUUUAGAAAUGUUCUUCUGGAGCCUGAGACCAACGCUGACAUCACUCAUCCAAGCAUCCCAGCUCGCCUCCGCCUGGUCAAGCCCCCUCCUCUCCAGGACCAUGGCUACCCUCAACCAGAUGCACCGCCAGGGGAAGCCCAGACAGCGGCCAGCAUCCUUGGGUGCCAUGUUUGGCCGCCCUCAGCUCAAGGCCAUCAUCCUCAAGACGAUGAUUAGGAAACCCAAGAAGCCCAACUCUGCCAACAGGAAGUGUGCUCGGGUGCGGCUGUCCAACGGCAAGGAAGUGAUCGUGUUCAUCCCCGGGGAGGGACACAACCUACAGGAGCACAACAUAAUUCUGGUUCAGGGCGGGAAGACCCAGGACCUCCCCGGGGUCAAACUGACUGUGGUCAGAGGCAAAUAUGACUGCGCUCAUGUGGUGCAGAAGAAACAGUAGCUGCUGCGAUGGAGUCUCUCUGUGUGUGUGCGUGCGUGCGUGCGUGCGUGCGUGCGUGCGUGCGUGUGUUAAAAGAGACCACAUCAUAUCUUACUGUAAAUAAAAUGUUUAUAAAAA